GUCAACGCCGGAAGUCGGUCCAUGCGGGUGGCCUUUAAAAUACGUCUGUUCCACUGCCUCCACACGGCCAUCACCGAACCAGACUCCAAAAGAAAAGAAAAAAGAAGAAAAAAAUGGUUCCCUUCUUUCUCUUCUUUGCUUUCCUUCUGCUAUCAAAUCCUUCACCAUCAACAUCCCAACGACAACAAAACAUGACAUCUUUCUCCUCCUCCGACUCCCCAUGGCUUCCGAUGCAAAAUAAAAUCCUCCUUUCUCCCAACUCCACCUUCGCAGCCGGCUUUUACCCUGUGGACAAUUCUUCAAACCACUUCAAUUUCUCAAUUUGGUAUUACAAAUUGCCAAGAAACAUCACUACUACUGUGUGGUCUGCUAAUAAGCACGAUUCUCCACUUUCUACCAAUGCUUCUCUUGUUAUCACAGCGACUCGCGAGCUACGUUUAACCGAUUCUUCAAGCAGAUCAAACUUGUGGCCUGGCGCCCCUAACUCAACAAAUUCUAACUCAACCAGACUUGUUUUAAAUGAAGAUGGGAGUCUUGUCUAUGACAAGUGGAAGAGUUUUAAUUUUCCUACUGAUACUUUCUUGCCCGACCAGGCUAUAAAUGGCACUGAACUUGUCUCACAAAAUGGUAAGUUCAGGUUCUUGAAUUCUUCUUCUUUGUCUUUCAAUUACUCUGAUAAUUACUGGACCUCCGAUAACGUGUUUGCACAACUAAAAAGCGAUGGGAGUGUGAAUCAAGGAAAUGGUGUUUCAAUCAUUUCUGCUGAUUUCGGGGUUGCCAGGAUGCGGAGGUUGACUCUUGACAAUGAUGGGAAUCUAAGGGUUUACAGUUAUGAUGAAAGCCUUGGCCAAUGGUUUAUUGCUUGGCAAGCACUGCAAGAAUCGUGUAAAGUUCACGGGCUUUGCGGGCCUAAUGCUAUCUGCUUGCCAGACGGCUCAAAUUCCAUGUCCUGCGUGUGCCCCCCUGGAUUCAGGCAAAGUUCUACAAGUCGAGAUGCAUGUGAGAGGAAAAGGAAACUCACUAGCAACACCAAGUUUGUUCAGCUUGAUUAUGUCAAUUUCACUGGUGGAUCAAAUCAGACAAGUCUCAAUGUCAGAAAUCUAACAACUUGUAGAGCAAACUGCUUGGCUCAUCCUAAUUGUCUUGGUUUUAUGUUCAAGUAUGACGGUCAAGGUUACUGUGUGCUUCAGCUUGACAGACUAUUAUAUGGGUACUGGUCUCCAGGGACUGAAGUUGUCAUGUUCUUGCGUGUGGAUAGUUCUGAAACAGAUGAAACAAAUUUCACUGGUAUGACUCGUGUGCUGGACACCACAUGUCCUGUUCGUAUAAGCCUUCCUUUCCCUCCUCAAGAAUCCAACACCACAACGCGAAAUAUUGCAAUAAUAUGUACGUUAUUUGCAGCGGAGCUGAUUUCCGGGAUUCUUUUCUUUUGGGCUUUUUUGAAGAAAUACAUCAAGUAUAGAGACAUGGCUCAGACUUUAGGCCUUGAAUUCCUGCCUGCUGGUGGACCUAAAAGGUUCACAUAUGCAGAGCUCAAAGCAGCAACAAAUGACUUCUCCAAUGCUAUAGGAAAAGGUGGAUUUGGUGAUGUUUAUAGAGGAGAGCUGCCUGAUAAACGAAUUGUUGCAGUCAAGUGCCUGAAACAUGUCACUGGAGGGGAUACUGAGUUUUGGGCAGAGGUUACAAUUAUUGCUAGGAUGCACCAUCUUAAUCUGGUCAGGCUUUGGGGCUUUUGUGCGGAGAAAGGCCAAAGGAUUCUAGUUUAUGAGUAUGUGCCUAAUGGUUCUCUUGACAGGUACCUGUUCCCUGCGGGUCGGGUACCAUCUUCAGGGACCGAGGUUGAGAUGGGUCUGGUGGCUAUUGAUGGGCGCAAACCGAUGCUUGAUUGGGGGAUCCGAUAUAGGAUUGCACUUGGUGUAGCUAGAGCAAUCGCAUACUUGCAUGAAGAGUGUUUGGAGUGGGUGUUGCAUUGUGAUAUUAAGCCGGAAAAUAUACUUUUAGGUGAUGAUUUUUGCCCAAAGAUCUCAGAUUUUGGGUUGGCCAAGUUGAGGAAAAAAGAAGAUAUGGUGAGCAUGUCUCGAAUCAGGGGUACUCGUGGGUACAUGGCACCAGAAUGGAUUAAGAGUGAUCCAAUCACUCCCAAGGCUGAUGUCUACAGUUUCGGGAUGGUGUUGCUAGAAAUCGUAACUGGGUCUAGAAAUUUCGAGACGCAAGGUUCUUUGAUGGACAGUGAGGAUUGGUAUUUUCCUAGGUGGGCAUUUGACAAAGUGUUCAAGGAAAUGAAGGUAGAGGACAUUUUGGACCGACAGAUUAAGCACUGUUAUGAUGGUAGAGUGCAUUUUGAUAUGGUAGAUAGGAUGGUGAAGACAGCAAUGUGGUGCCUUCAGGAUAGGCCAGACAUGAGGCCGUCAAUGGGAAAGGUUGCGAAGAUGCUCGAAGGAACCGUGGAAAUUACUGAACCAACGAAGCCUACCAUCUUCUUCCUAGAAGAUUAAUGCAUGAAUGAUUGAUCCAAGCUUCUGAUUUUGUUAAUGCGGUUUAUAUUUGUCCUCUUUGCUCUGUGUUCUAGUUGUGUAUAGUUAUAAAGUAGUAAUGCCGUAUGACUAUUAAGCAGUCCAGGCUGAUGUACAGGAUAACAGGCCUUUACAUCUGUAAUUUGUUUCCUUUUCCCUUUUCCUUUUGGCUUUCAUCAAGCUUUUGUGAUGAUGGGUAUGGAGAGUUAUGCCUUUUUUUGGAUUCA